UUGCAUUCGUACUGUAAAACGCCGCAUUUAGUUGAUGUCUGGCGCGCAGUCGCUCAUCGCCCAAUAAACCGAAUACUUCGAUAUCAUCAGACUACUCAGUCGAGAACCGGCGACAAGACAGUGAACGUCGGGUCCAUUGCUCGCGUUUCAACGAUUCUACGCAGAAAUCAUCCACUUUGGGUCUACGUGGUAACUUCGGGUCACGUGCUUCCAGGCCAGACGAAUUCGAUCGAUCCGUCAUGCAGGAAUUCCUUGGAAAGAAAUAUAAGCUGUCCAGCAGCGAGAAUUUCGACGACUUCAUGAAAGCGCUCGGCGUAGGUAUGCUGACGCGCAAAAUGGGUAGCAGCGUGAGCCCUGUUGUUGAAUUAACAGAGAACAAUGGACUUUAUACCCUAAAAACGACUAGUACGUUCAAGAGUUCCGAAAUAAAAUUCAAGCUCGGCGAAGAAUUCGACGAAGAGACUCCGGAUGGAAGAAAAGUGAAGAGCGUUUGUACAUUAGAUGGGAAUAAACUUAUUCAAAAGCAAAAAGGGGACAAGGAGACGACCAUCGAGAGAGAGUUCACGCCAUCGGAAAUGAAGGCGAUCAUGAAAGUGGAUGAUAUUGUUUGUACAAGAUUGUACAAAGCUCAGGAUGAAUAAUAACAUUCGUCUUAUAAUUCCAUGCUUAAGGAAAUAAUGUUUCUGUUUAUCGCAACGUUAUGGAUACUGUCGCAAGUUGAUGCCUCUAAUUAAAGGGCGAUACAUUUUCGGUAAAUGUAAGGAAAAAACACCGUAAACACUUAUUAUACGCACAAUAAUACGUACAAACGUAUGCUGAUAUUAUUUUUGAGUAAAAGUAUAUUUUGCAAUACAGUACGGUUUAUGAAUGUAAUAUUCAUAAUACUAUGAUGACUUAUUAUGUAGAGCUUUGAAAGUGUUAAAAGUUUAUGUAUAAAUAAAUAAUUUUCCACAUG